UCUUUGCACACGUCACGACGAUUAAAAGCUUUGCAUGGUGGCCGGUGAAUCCAAGCGGGGAGUUUAUAAGUAAAUCCAUGACCGUAGACCACCUAGUUCGUUCAUGCGUGCCCAGGGAGGCUUAAAGAAAGCAUUCGAUCCUCAAAGUGAAGUGAAGGCUUAGCCACUUCAACUUUCACUGCCCAUUCUCGGAACCCAGCAAGGCAUUUGGAAGAUCCAAUGUUGUGGUCUGAACGAUAUUCUCUGAGCUGAUGCUAAUCAGAGGCCAAGAGCUGUUUUAAGGUUGGGGGGCCAAUACGUGAUUUCAUCCAUUGUCUGGCGUCGAUCCAAACAUUGCGAAGUUGCAACUCUCUAGGUGAAUUUCCCGUUGAAUUUCCUGGUCAUUUAGCGAUCUAGUCGUCCGAGUUUAGAUGAUGAAGAUCAGUGUGGACCGGCUGAACUUUUUGGGAAUCACGUAGGUCUCAGCGUCGUUCACUGCUGUGCUAGCUAGCUGUCUCGCAAUUCCACGAUGCAUGGAGAUUGAGGAGUACAUGGAGAAUUGAGUUUUAUAUUUCUCUGGAGGUGGACACCAUGCACUUCCUCAGACGAUCUACAGGUCGGGCAUCGGUUGUUUCCUCUCCUGAUCUGCCCGCUCUCCGCGAACGCUUCAGGAUGCUGGUGAUUCUGGUGCUAUGUUGCCUCCAGCUCGGUGCUUGCGCCGUUGGUCAGGAGGAUACCACCUUCGGAGAAAUAAGCAGAAUCGAGAUUCUUGAUGAGACUCUCCAGGAUCCAGAUUUCGAUGCACGCGCAGAAUCGGCCGGGAAACAGCAUGGCAGCAUCAACAGCGAGAGUGGACUUCCUCCGGCUUCCUCCGUCGAAGCGCAUAUGGGCCAGCAACAAGCACACGGCGGUCAAAGGAGCCAGCGAGAGCUGCAGCAGUUUAGACUUGAGGACCAAGCCGUCGACACUUCGUUAACGAAUCGUCAUGAGCCUCUCCAUCGUUUUCAGGAGGAAUCUGCACACUCCAGAGGAAUAUCUCGCACUUUGCUCCAAGACAACUUCGGGGAGGCCGAUGCGCUCCUGCAAUUCAAGGCCGAAAUCGAAAACUACACGGACAACGCUUUGGAUGGAUGGACAACGGGGAAUCGCUCCACCUACUGCUCGUGGACGAAGGUAAUCUGCGACGAUGAGCUGCACGUGAUCUCCCUCAACUUCUCCGGGCUGAAGAUGAACGGCACUUUGGGUCUUUCGUUGAGCAAGCUCGAAUACCUCGUGGACCUCGAUCUGAGCCACAAUUUCCUGUUGAGGGAGCUUCCCGUGGAAUGGGGCCGGCUGCAGAGGCUGCAGACCUUGAACGUCCAUGACAAUUUUCUCUUCGGUGGAGUUCCUGCAGAGUACGGCAACAUGUCCAGCUUACGGGUCCUCAACAUCGGAAUGCAGGGCGAGUUCUUCAAAGGGUCCAUUCCGGAGCAGCUGGGUCUGCUGUCUGAGCUCGAGGUUCUGGACCUGGGCGAGGUCUUCAUCUCCGAUGAGUACUACUACCCUUACGAGGGGAACAAGAUGAGUGGCCCCAUUCCCAAGUCCAUCGCCAACUGCACGAAGCUGUGGUACUUGGAUUUCUCCGGCAACUUACUGACGGGUCCCAUUCCAAGAGAGUACGGCCAGCUCGUCAAUCUGGAGUAUCUGAGCUUCGAGGAUAACAAUCUCGCAGGCUCCAUCCCAUCCGAGCUGGGCAACAUGACGAAAAUCAAGUUCCUGAACUUGGGAUUUAAUGCCCUCGAGCGAGAGUUCCCUGUGGAGCUAGCGUCGCUGUCGGAGCUCGAGUUUCUGAACGUGAGGAGCAACUUCCUGACGGGGAGUUUUCUGACAGUGGAGCCCACUUCGUGGAGUCGGCUCGAAAAGCUAUUCAUCGACAGGAACAGCUUUCGUGGCGGCUUUCCCAGAGCUGUGACGGCCAUGACAGCGCUGACGAUCUUCCACAUGUACUACAACGAGUUCACCGGCGGCCUCCCCGAGAACCUGGGACAGCUGGCCAACCUCCAAGUGUUCAAUUUCUACAGCAACCAGCUGGACGGGGAAUUGCCCGACAGCCUCAACAACUGUACGCUGCUCCAAGCGCUGAACGCGGAGGGGAACAACCUCACGGGCACGCUGGAGCCGCUGAGAAACCUCUCGCUGCUCGGUUAUGUGGAUGUAAAGAACAAUAUGUUCACGGGCACGCUGGAGCCGCUGAGAAACCUCUCGCUGCUCGGUCAUGUGGAAGUACUGAACAACAAUCUCACGGGCACGCUGGAGCCGCUGAGAAACCUCUCGCUGCUGGGUUAUGUGGAUGUAAAGAACAAUAGGUUCACGGGCACGCUGGAGCCGCUGAAAAACCUCUCGCAACUCGUUGCCCUGACGGUAGCGGACAACAAGCUCACGGGCACGCUGGAGCCGCUGAGAAACCUCUCGCUGCUCGGUCAUGUGGAAGUACAGAACAACAAUCUCACGGGCACGCUGGAGCCGCUGAGAAACCUCUCGCUGCUCAAAUACCUGUACGCAUGGAACAACAGGUUCACAGGCACGCUGGACCCGCUGAGAAACCUCUCGCUGCUCCAUAAGCUGUACGCAUCGAAGAACAUGCUCACGGGCAAGCUGGACCCGGUUAGAAACCUCUCGCUGCUCGACUUCCUGUCCGUAGGGUACAACAAUCUCACGGGCACGCUGGAGCCGCUGAGAAACCUCUCGCUGCUCGCUUACUUGUACGCAGCGAACAACAAUCUCACGGGCACGCUGGACCCGCUGAGAAACCUCUCGCAGCUGAAAUACCUGUACGCAUGGAACAACAGGUUCACGGGCACGCUGGACCCGCUGAGAAACCUCUCGCUGCUCCAUAAGCUGUACGCAUCGAAGAACAUGCUCACGGGCAAGCUGGACCCGCUGAGAAACCUCUCGCUGCUCGAAUUCCUGUCCGUAGGGUACAACAAUCUCACGGGCACGCUGGAGCCGCUGAGAAACCUCUCGCUGCUCGCUUACUUGUACGCAGCGAACAACAAUCUCACGGGCACGCUGGACCCGCUGAGAAACCUCUCGAUGCUCUCUGAAGGCAUCCAGUACUUGCUCCUGAACGACAACAACUUUCGAGGCCACAUUCCCGCCGAGCUCGGCAAGCUGUCGAGAUUGAAGCUCCUCUUCCUGCACAAUAACGGGCUGUCGGGGCCCAUACCCACGAGCUUGGCCGACCUAGAGAGCAUCAACGAGAUCAAUCUGGGCUCCAAUUCUCUGACGGGAGGAAUCCCUCCAGAGCUGGGGCAACUGCAGUACAUGGAGUAUCUCAUCCUCCACAGCAACAACCUCACGGGAACCAUUCCCGCGUCUCUGGCGAACUGCAGCUCGCUGAGAAACAUCAGGCUGAGCAAAAACAAGCUCACGGGCACAGUGACUCAGAUUGACUUCUUGCAGCUGCGAUCCCUCGAGAGCUUCUCUGUCAACGGGAACCAGCUGGGCGGAGAGUUUCCCGUGAGCGUGUACAAUUGCACGCAUUUGAAGCUCCUGGACCUGAACAGCAAUGAAUUCUCAGAGGAGCUCCCCGACAACUACGAGUACUCUCAGCCAGUGCUGCGCAAAUUGCGAGUUUUGAAAUUAUCAUCCAACAAAUUCGGCGGCAGCGUGCCCGGCUGGAUCUGGAAGCUUCCGGAGCUGCAAGUGCUCGACUUGUCGCACAACUCGUUCACGGGAGUGUGCCCGACCAAUUUAUCGGGCUUGGAAGGCUUUAUUCGACUCGAAGCGUUGCCAGACGACGCCGGGAGAGGCAGCAGUGUCAUCGACGACUUCAACACUGUACGUGUCCAGGUGGUAGGGGGGAAAUUGCUCGAGCAAAUCUCCAUUGAGGCCAAAGGUUCGCGACUCGAACUCGAUUACGUCCUCGAUACUCUGUUCUCCAUCGACCUGUCAUACAACCAUCUCUUCGGCAAGCUCCCGUACGCGCUUGGAGAGCUGCGCGGGUUGACGUACCUGAAUCUGACGCACAAUAAUUUCUCGGGCAAAAUCCCUCAGGAGAUUGGAGAUCUCUUGCGUCUGCAAUCGCUUGAUUUAUCGGCCAACAAUCUCACGGGGAAGAUUCCUGCGAUGCUAAGCAGGCCCAGCUUGAGCUAUCUGAAUCUCUCCUACAACUUCCUCGAGGGCGAGAUCCCCACGUCGAAUGCUUUCUCCACGAGGUACGACAUUUCGUCCUUCAAGCCCGGGAACGAUCAGCUCUGCGGACCCCCGCUCGAGACCACUUGUGCGACGCAAGACAGCAACGCAAUCGCAAGCUCGGCCACACUCGGGGCUCCGUCGUUCGAGCUCUUGGAUGAUACAUUCUGGCGGGCCUUCGAGAUCGGAAUUCCUAUCGGGGUCGUUAUUGUGAUCGGGGUCGUGAUUGGAACGCUGAGAACAAUGCCCUGCGCACGACACUGGCUACUGCAUACUCAAGAUUUCGCUCGCCAUUUGAAUGACGGUAGAUACGGAGUGUUCAACGAACCGACGUAGACCGAAUCAUUCAGCAGCUGACUGCUGCGUACGCCACUGCUCGCUUUGUACCCGGCUUGACCCCGGGGUCCAGCCGGGGCUUACGAGAUUCCGCAUGAAUGGGGACUCAGGUGUCCGCCAACCACAUGUGCUACUGCUGAUGGGCAUUUGCAUUUGUACGACAAUGCACUAGACGAAGAGGCGUUCACGGACGUGAUGGGUCUACUCCAAGAGAAAAUGACUAUCCAGGAAAUAGAGUUCUCAUGAAGGGACGGAAAGGUGGUGCAGAUUCAAGACGCCAUCAAGCAAAACCAAAAGGGGCCGUCUACAUGUCCGUGUUCAGACAAGCCAAAUUAACAUUUGGAGAUGCAAAAGCAGGUCUACUCUUUUAAUGCGGCUUUCCUAAAGCAGGUAAGGUGCUAUGUGAGUUCUCAAUUUUUUAAACUAGCGAUCUAAGGUUUUACUUAACAAAAAUUGAAGUGAUAGACCUAAAGUUUAAAUUUUAUCUCUAGAUGUAUUUGCAUUUGUG